UAAAAGGUAAGGGGGGCAUUGCUCCAUUUACCCAAAUUAGUGAGCGCGUGUCUCAUUUCUAACAUGCCAUUACUGUUUUCAUCUUCCACAACCUUGAACCCUCCUAAAACCCGCUCUGCUUGCUUCUUCCAUCCAGUGCAAAAUGGCACUCGCUCAACUCCUCCGUCCAAAACCAGGAUUUUAUGUCCACAAAAUUGACUAUUGCAGGACUUCCCAGACCGAGAAGAUGUUGUUCAUCUUCUUCGAAUAGCAAGGCCGAGCAAUCAUCUCAGACAAAGAAACUGGAGGCGGCCAGGGAGCAGCAUGGACCGUUGGCUCGGGAAUCAGAUAUGCAGAAAUUUAUGGAAAUGGAUCCAGGGGUCUCACCAACACAGACCCAAGUCCGAAGUGAAGUGUGGGGAUCAUUUUGCACUGUAAGAAACAUUCUUAUGCGACUGAAGGAAAGGAUGCUGGGACAUUUCCAAUUGCAAAAUCAUAGUACUAGCUUAAUGUCAGAUUCUAGAGUUGAUACAGCAGUCCCUGACAUUGCACCACAUACUUGUCCAGAUAAUACUGAGUUUGGUCAGGCAAAAAGUAUAGUACAGUUGUCAGAAGCAGUAGCAAAUUGUCUCAGUUGUGUGAAAAAUAUUUCAAAAAAUGAAACACCCCAGAUAAUGGUGGGGAACUCUUUAGACUAUAUGGUCAAUACAACAUCAUCUGAAGUUAUUAAGAUCCAUAAUAAUCAAGAAAAUACUGAACUUGGUGACCCUGGAAGUUUAGUAGAAUUUUCAGAAACUAUAGAGGAUUCUCAUGGUAAUGACAAAAAAAUUUCAGUGGCUGCAGCACCCCUUGAAAUUGAGAAACACUCUUCUGAGGAUAUGGUUGGUAAAACUGUUUCCGAGGUUAGCAAGAUGUAUAAUAAUCUGGAUAGAACUGAAGUUGGUGAAACUGUAACUACAGUUCAAUUGUCAGAGGUUUUAAUUGAUUCUCACAGCAAUAAGAAAAAUGUAUCAAGAAGUGCGAUAUCUCAUAUGAUGGGAGAAGACCCUUCUGUGGAUAUGGCUCAAUCAGAAGAAACUCCUGAUAUGUCAAAACUAGUUGGACCUAAAAGUAGGCACAUUCACCUUUCCAAAGUAGUGGCAGACAUAGCUGCAGUUUUUGACAGAGAUUUGAUGUCAAAGUCUCAGAAAUUCUCUUGCAUGGAACAUUCAUUCCUGAAUGAAGAUACUAGGGGAGCAUUUCCAAAAGAUGGUGUGGAAGAACUGACUGCAAUUGGAAAUAGAAAUUGUCAACAUAACAAGAAGAUUACUUCUUCUGGUCAACCAUCAAGUGCAGGUACCAAAGAUGAUGAAAACCUGGCAACAUCUGGUAGUGCCCCAAGGGUCAUGGAGCUAUCAGACAUGUUUACAAGGACAAUGAAUAAUCCAUCACAAGGAGAAAUGGCUAGCCAAAAAAGGUUUGCUUUAACACCCAAGAGAUUUUCAGAAGAUUCAAAUGAAACAUCAGGAGAGAAAGUGGCAAAAAGCUCUGACAUAAAGUUUCUAAUUGACUUCAUUAAAGAGCUGCCUAGAGAACAAUUAAUUAGUAGAUCUCAGGACAGUUUAUCCAACCAGACCAACCAAGUCAGCAAUAGAGGCCUGCCUAUGAAAGAAAAGGAAGUCAGGAACAAAGACUCAGUAAGAAGGAUUCAAUCCUGUCCUGAUUUGCAAAAGUCUAAUAGUAAAGAAGGAUUAACUCAAUUGAAAUCCAUCUUUGUGGACAAGGAGAGAAGUACCAAAAACCCUGAAAAAAAGCAUUGCAUAAACACUCCCUGUGAGACACAUAAGGAAAAUAGAAAUACUGACAAGAGGGAGGAAGUGCAGUGCACGGAUAUGAGUGAUGGUUCUGACAGACAUCAUUCGGAUUUCGAAGCUACCGACCAUGUAUUGAAACCAUACACUAUGGUUCCAUGUCCAACCAGCAAAGAUCCCAAUAAGAAUCUCAAUAUCUCUUCCAUUGGAGAAGGGGCUGAACAAAACAAAGUGUUAAUGAGAUUCUUGCUCAAAAGUACUCCAAAGAGGGAGAUUCUUUCUGCUUUGAAGGAUUGUGGACCUAUUGCGACAGUAUCUGAAUUUUCCCAUGUUAAGGGGAGCAAUUUCAAAGAUGCCUAUGUGUAUUUUGAGACAGAUGCAGGGCUACAGAAAGCUCUCAAAAAGACUGAUCUGGUAGUGGAAGAUGUAGAUGUCAUCAUGGAAGGAACUUCUUCCUUGGAAAUCAUUUCUAAUAGAAUUUCCAUUCCCGACCUGAUUGGUGAUCCUGAUGUACCUGGUGCACUAGUGAAGAAUCCCACCAGAACAGCUGUGACCAAAGGUUUGACUCUUGACAUGAGCUGGAAACAUCUAGAGAAGGCUCUGUCCUGUGGGAAAGGCAUAUCUGGCUUUAUCAUGGGUUCCUCAAGUUCGGUUGCUUAUGUGGAGUUUGAGACAGAAGAUGCCAAAGAGAAGGCAAUUGCAAAACAUUCCUUCAAAGUACUAGGGAAAUGUCUACAGGUAUUCAGAAUUGAUGCACCGAGAACAACAGUUGCAAGGAUUUCAAACAUAAACUCCCGAAAAGGAGAAAAGAAAAUCCGCUCUGUAUGCAGUCAUUAUGGGCAGGUUAAGAAUGUAGUCCACAGAGACCCUGACACCGUAGAUGUUCAUUUCAAACUUGCAGAAUGGCCAAGCAUGUUGCACAUUCUCAAUAGUUUAAAUGGAAAGGUAGUGGAUGACAGUCAGUGGGUUGUUCAGCCAGCAACUGUCUACCCUCCAGAAAUCCUCCGAGCCCUGUGGAGUCAGCCUGAUGGAAGAAAACAUGUGAAAGCUAUAAUCCACAAUUUACUGCAAAAGAUUGCUGAGAGUCACACAGAUAUGGGAAGGCUGACUGAUGUUGCAGCCAAGUAUUAUGGAGAUAGAUUGUAAAUGAACUAGUGCAAAUUUUGUUCUGGCGAAGGCAAACAUGGUUUUCAUCCAGAGAAACCACUUUCAGCAUCAGGGGUUUCAAUAGAGAUAUUGCAUGGAAGUCUUGUCAAGUGCGCAAAAUGUAAGAUUAACGGCAUUGACAUUAUAUAUUGAUUCAGAUAUAGAGAUGGGAAGCUCACUGAUUUUGAGCUCUGAAAGACUAAAGCCAUAUCUCUUAUUUGAGAGUUUCACUCUUCAGCCUACAAAGCCAGCAGCAACUCAAAUUUCCACCGAGAGCAGAAAGCCAUGGAAUGCAUUCCCUGUGAUUUCCUUCGGACAACCACUCAGGCCUUUGUUCUUAUAUAUUGAUAUGCCAGGUGUGCAUUGGAUUUGAGAUUGUGGUAAAUAGCAUGCGAGGAUAUACAAGGGGCAUCUGUACAACUCACAAGGAAACAUUGAAACUACUGUUCUGUUCAAGCCCUUAACUUUAAAGAGAAUACAGCGGAAAGCACAAGGCCUGUAGUGAGAUACCCUCAUCAAAGCAGUUUCUGAAGCUGUUAGCUUAUAUUUCAUUGUUGAACGAUGGGACUCUCAAAAUGGACAGCUCUAGUUGUAAAUGUAGCUCAAGCUCUCUCCCCAUGUUUCAUUCAAA